GUGUUGCUGCUGCCUGUGGUGAGUUUCGCGCAGCCGAAACGCAGGCGCCACGCAGUUGCCCCAUCGGCGGCGGUUGCCAGUUGCCAGCGAUUCGUUCAACGUAACGGUAACGGCUAGGCAGAGCGAAGCGCGCCAGCAAACGACGUCAACGUCGUGGGCGUCGCUUGCCUCGUAUACGUAUACUACGACCCGUACCCAAGUACCGUUAGUCGAGCCGCAGUCCACGGAUCGUGUGUGUCUCCAUCUGUGUGCUUGUGUGUGUGUGUGUGUGGGUGAUUCUCUCCAGAUCCUUUCUUUUUGUUUGUGUUUUUGUUAAGUGAAAGACGGUAGUGAGUGACAGAAAUCCGGAAUCCGGAAUCCGGACCCGGUAGUGGCCCCGGCACCGUCACCGGCACCGGAACUAGAUCACGCCGUGGCCAUGUACAGCGCCAGCGCCGAGGAUGCAGCCCGUGCGGCCGACACCUACAAGGCCUUGGUGGACUACUACGCGAACGCACGGAGCGCCGCCAGCCACAUCGUCUCGCUGACGCUGUCGCCGCUGAACGAAACGCUGUCGCUGGGCCUGGCCGACGCCGGCAAUGGCAGCAGCAGCGGCGCUGGCCCGGGCGGCAACGCCAGCAGCAGCGCUGAUGACGACAUGGAUGCACUGGGCGCUGGCCAAUUCUUCUUGAUACCCGAUGGCGCCUCAACAGAGAGGAGCAUUGGAGCACCCUCAGCCGCAGCGGCAGCUGGCGGCGUUGGCAGCGUUGGCAGCGGCAGCGGUGGCAGCAGCACCGCCAGCAGCGCCACCGAAAUGCCCGCCUGGCUAAUACCCAGCUACAGCCUGAUCCUGCUCUGUGCCAUCGUGGGCAAUCUGCUGGUGAUAUCCACGCUGAUGCAGAACCGCCGCAUGCGCACCAUCACCAAUCUCUUUCUGCUCAACCUGGCCAUCUCGGACAUGCUGCUGGGCGUGCUCUGCAUGCCCGUCACACUCGUCGGCACGCUGUUGCGCAACUUCAUCUUUGGCGAGUUCCUCUGCAAGCUCAUUCAGUUCUCGCAGGCCGCCUCUGUGGCCGUCUCCUCGUGGACUCUGGUGGCGAUAUCCUGCGAGCGCUACUACGCCAUUUGCCAUCCGCUCCGGUCGCGCACCUGGCAGACGAUCAACCAUGCCAACAAGAUCAUCGCUUUCAUCUGGCUGGGCAGCCUGGUCUGCAUGACGCCCAUUGCGGUAUUUAGCCAGCUGAUGCCCACCAGUCGCCAGGGCUUGCGCAAGUGCCGCGAGCAGUGGCCCGUCGGCUCUUUGGGCUAUGAGCGCGCCUAUAAUAUCUUCCUGGACCUGGCGCUGCUGGUGCUGCCGCUGCUCGCCCUGAGCUUUGCCUACAUGUUCAUCACGCGCACGCUCUAUGUGAGCAUGCGCAACGAGCGCGCCAUGAACUUUGGCAGCAGCGGCCCCGACGUCGGCCUGACCACCAGCAGCAGCAGCAACAACAACAGCUGCAGCGGCAGCCGUCGCACCUUCGGCAGCUCCAACUAUCUAAUGCGCAUGCAGAUGCGCCAGGAGGCGCUGGCCGCCGACAGCGCUGCCCAGCUGGACAUGUUGCUACAGCAGCAGCAGCAGCAGCAACAGCAGCAACAACAAUGUGGAGCAAACCAAUAUUAUUAUGCUGAUGGAUAUAAUCACGGUGGGAGCAAGCGUCGCCUGUUCGGCUCGUGCGAUGGCCGACGGCAUCUCUAUUGCAUGCGCAGUGCUUCGGUCAAGUCGGUGCGACAUCAGCAGCAGCAGCAGCAGCAGCAGCAGCAGCAGCAGCUGUACAUGAGCUCAGCCAAGGAUGGGGAGAGAAGGAAAUCGUUGUCCACGCCCAGCUUGCGCGUCACGGAGGCGACGCUGCGCAGAUCGAAUGAGAGCAAGAGCUUGGAGAGCAAGAAGCGCGUGGUGAAGAUGCUGUUCGUGCUGGUGCUGGAGUUCUUCAUCUGCUGGACGCCGCUGUAUGUGAUCAACACAAUGACGAUGCUGAUUGGGCCCGUGGUGUAUGAGUAUGUGGACUAUACGGCCAUCAGCUUCCUGCAGCUGCUCGCCUACUCCUCCAGCUGCUGCAAUCCGAUUACCUACUGCUUCAUGAACGCCAGCUUCCGGCGCGCCUUUGUGGACACCUUCAAGGGCAUGCGGCUGUGCAAUGGGGGACGCUUUGGAUUCUGUCGUCGGCGCUCUAACAACAAGACGAAUUUGUCCGUGGCCGGAAAUUCGAUUGCGCUGGCCAAUUCCGUGAUGUCUAGCCACACCAUACUGGAGAGUCCGCGACUCUGAGGCAGUCGACGUCAGCAGACGUCAAUGAAGCUGCGUUCGCUGAGAGAUAGAGAUAGAGAUAGGGAUAGGGAUAGGGAUAGGGAUAGGGAUAGGGAUAGGGAUAGAGAUAGGGAGAGCGUCAAUGUGCGUGUGGGCAAUGGCACGAACGAGGGGCUGAUGGAAACGGAGUCACUGUAGAGUAGAUUAGACCGUUAUAAAUAUGUAUGUGAUGUGCAAGAAACUGAAACUGUGGUUGUCAACGAUUCUACUCCAAGUAAGUUGUGUUUGGUAUGGAUGAAAGAGAUAUACAUGUAUAUAGACUAUAUACUAUAUGUUGCAAUUGGGUUUCAACUCAUGAAACUAACUAAAACCUAUUUGUAUUAUUAAUCGUAUCACUUCAGAGCUGUUGCAUUGUCUUUUAUUGUAAUAUCUAAUUGUUAAAUGUAAAUUGUUGGACUUACCCUGGCAGCGUUUCAGUGUUUAUACAAAUG